GUCUUUCUGAACGUGGCGUGGUGUGCGCAGGAGGCGUUCUGCGGGGGCACGCUGGUGGCGGCGCGCUGGGUUCUGACUGCCGCCCACUGCGUGCGCAAGAGGCUGUACGUGCGCAUCGGGGAGCACGACCUCUCGAUCCACGAGGGUACAGAGCUGGAGCUCAAGGUGCUGGAGGCGGUGGCGCACCCGGCGUACGACGCGGACACGGUGGACAACGACGUGGCGCUGCUGCGGCUGGCGGGCGCGGUGCGGCCGGGCCGCUGGCGCGCCUUCGCCUGCCUGCCGCACCGUGAGCUCAGUGGUUUAAAUGCCAAUCAACGG